CUCAGUGGGUGCUUUCCAAUUGCUUAACACAUCUUGACACACACGUACAUAAAACCAGUUUAUUGGUCACAUAUUAUCUAAAAUAUGUAAGAUAAUAUGCAACCAAUAAGCUAGUUUUGUGUAACACAAUGUUCGCAACUGGAAACAUCCAUUAUGUAUAGAACUCAUUGGUUGCUAUUUUUCGUUGCUAUGACAGGUUUCAUAACCUAUCAUACCCGUUAACUUUAACGAUUAAUAUCUCGCUUUCCGAGACAGAGCAACGAUUUUACCUUUCAUAUUUGGUUUCUACGUAUGAAAAUACACAAUAUUAUUGAGUUUCAGCCAUAUCGAAAGUGAGGACUCUAAAACUAGAACUAUAUUAUCUUUUUUAGUAUAAUCGACACAAAUACGUGAUGUGCGAAGUGUAACAAGUUAGAUAGGUUUUUUAUUAAUAGCAUAACCUUACUAAUUAUUUAAUAUUUCAAUAGUUUUGAGAUCAUAUUGUAACGCGUUGUGAAUACAUACAAUUCAAGGAAUAUCGACUAAGCUCUGCUUUAGAAUUAGAAAAACUGAUAUUUAAAAUGGUGCCAAAAGCUUGUGGAAAUGAAACUUUGAUUAAAUCUUUGACGUUAAUAAUUGAUUUAAACAUUCUCGAAACGGAUAAAGAAAGACACAUCAGAAGUUCACGUGCUGUACUUUAAAGUGAUUUUAGUAAGAUUGUAAUUGUAUUAUCUUUUGGGUCUUUGUGACUUCUCUCCAGCAAUAGCAUCAUUUUUAUAUCUCUUUGUGAGAUGAAUAAUGAGGAGAAAAUAACCAAGAACACCGAUGAAGUCCAUGGAUUUAAAAGAGCACUUGAACCAGACAAGAUCAUUGGUGCGGCAGAUCUCACAGGAGAGUUAAUGUUUCUCAUGCAAUGGAAAGGGACGGAUAAGAUUGAUCUGGUUCCUGCCAAGGAGGCAAAUAUACAGUGUCCUCAAGUUGUUAUUCGAUUCUACGAGGACAGACUCACCUCAAAAUCAAGCGCAAAAUCGAUGUUCAAAGGAAUCAGCGCAUACCUAUAAGAAAUAGAUUUUUAUCGUGUAAUUGUAUAAUACAUAUAUCACGUUUUUGCAUAUUUCUAAACAUUUUUAUACAUCUUAAAUAUAUAUAUAGAUGUAUCAAUCA